UUCUGUCUGGCUGCACCGAGGGGGUGAGCGUCUGUCGAGGCCCAAUCGGCGGCUCAGUGCUGCCUACCGGUGCCGGGGACUGGUGGUGAGGAGCCGCUGCAGCGCAUCAGGACCGGACCGUAAACCCGGAGACGGUACACACUGAGGCGAAGGAGACACAGGAUGGAGCGGAUGUCUGAGGAGGCGCUGAGGCUCAACCUGCUAAAGAGAGGCCUGGAGUCACCCAGCGAGAGAGAAGAGACACUGGCCAAACGGUUAAAAAUGGAGGGUCAUGAGGCCAUGGAGCGCCUCAAAAUGCUGGCGCUGCUUAAACGCAAGGACCUUGCUGACCUAGCAGCCCUAGAGGUUGCAGGGAACCUGGGGGAUGGGAAGGGCCCUAGUGGCAGCACCCUCCACCAUCAGAGUCUAAUGGGUGCUGCUUAUGAGGAGAAGCUGAAUGGGAAUUUGAGGCUCGGCGGUCACAGCAGCCAUGUGGGACCAAGUAAGAAUGGCAAGGAGAACAUCCUGGACGAGCCGGUGGACAUGAGCGCUGGGAGAAGAUGUGAUGUUGACCAUGAUAGAAGAACUCCAUCUCCAGAUGUCAUCAUACUGUCAGACAAUGAAGCAUCCAGUCCCAGAACAACACCUCGGCCUGAGGAGCGAGUGCACCAGGCCAACUUGGACAUGUUCAAGGGGAAGACAGGAGUAGAGAGGCAGCAGAUGAUCAAAGCUCUGAAAGAAGAGUUGCGUCUGGAGGAGGCUCGCCUUGUACUGCUUAAGAAGCUCAGGCAGAGUCAGAUGCAGAAAGAGAAUGUGGUGCAGAAGGUCCCAGUGGUCCAGAAUGCUGUGUCGUCUGUGCAGCCUCCACCCAUCCACAGCUCUCCUGGCCUAGGGAAGCUGCCUGUGAGGCCAGGCUUACACAACCCUGAGCCCCAGAACCUCCGCACUGCACAGGGUCAUACAGUCAUCCGUUCAGCAGCCAAUGCAAACCUGCCACCCAUGCUGAUGUCCCAGCGAGUUAUAGCCCCCAACCCUGCCCAGCUGCAGGGCCAGAGGAUCUCCUCCAAAGCUGGGAUGUCUCGCUCCAGCACCUUGGCCAAUACUGUUGGCUACCAGCAGGCCAGCCAACAGGUGGCAGCAUCUCAGCGCUCAGGCUCUAGUGCCAUGUAUAUGAACCUGGCCCACAUGCAGGCAGCGGCGGCAGCAGGUGGGGUGGCGGGCAGUCUAGGUGGAACUUCAGCCGUCAGCCCGUCCACCAUGUCUGGUUCAGCCAGCGGAGGGGUAGGCUCCAUGGCUGACCAGGCCAGCAGCCAGGCAGCAGCCAAGCUAGCCCUAAGGAAGCAGCUAGAAAAAACCUUGCUGGAAAUCCCUCCCCCCAAACCCCCAGCUCCACUCCUCCACUUUCUGCCCUCUGCUGCCAACAGUGAGUUCAUCUACAUGGUGGGCCUAGAGGAGGUCGUGCAGAGUGUGCUGGACAGUCAGGGUAAACUCAGAGGGACACUGGCCCGUAUGGAGCCUUUCUUCUGUGCCCAAUGCCGAACUGACUUCACCCCCCACUGGAAGCAAGAGAAAAGUGGGCGAAUCCUCUGUGAGCAGUGCAUGACAUCCAAUCAAAAGAAGGCUCUGAAGGCAGAGCAUACCAACAGGCUGAAGAAUGCCUUUGUGAAGGCCCUGCAGCAGGAGCAGGAGAUUGAACAGAGGCUGCAGCAGCAGGCAGCCCUCUCUCCCAGCUCGGCCUCUACCGGUCCAAAUGCCUCCAAGACUGACAACAUGAUCCGACAUCAUGCGCUCCGCCAGGCUCCCCAGCCUCAGGCCUCCUUGCAGCGAGGUCUGUCCAACUCUGCACGAGGCGUCCUUUCCAACUUCGCCCAGGCCUCCCAGCUAUCAGUGGCCAGCAGCCUCAUGGGAAUGACUAGUGCCAAGCACUGUGGCAGCGGUGGAGGCAGCAGCAGCAGUAGCAGCAAUAGACUGCAGCAUGACAGCCGUCGUCAGAUUUACAACAUCCCAGGGUUAAAUAUUGCCUAUCUGAACCCAGCAGCAGUUGGAGCCCAUAAGAGCUCCAGCUUAGCAGACCGGCAGAGAGAGUACCUGUUGGACAUGAUACCACCUCGAUCCAUAUCGCAGUCCAUUACUGGACAGAAAUGAGUCCUGCCCAUCCCUUAAGGCCCUCUGAAGCCUCCUCCCAUCUGCCUACCUACCCCAUACUGAAGCACUCCCAGAUCAACCAGUAUCCCCUCCUACCCACCCCCAUCGCAUGCAGUGCCUGUCCGUGUGCCUACCUUAAACCAACCCAUGACAACCCACCAAGUUGGACUAAGACACUUAUCUGUCAGUGCAUCUCAAAUGUUCUUAUUAUAGUAAAAGCCUUCUUUGUCAGCGUUGUUAAACAAUUAUAAUUCCCUUUAUUAUUGCUGGUGGUAGCACUAUUGUACAUGCAACUACCAUUUUGCUUCAGUUACUAUUAUUCGUUAUGCUUUUUUUCUGUUGUAAGUGUUCAGUUCUUUUUUUUUUUUGAUUCUCUACUGCCUAUCCUUUAAUUUGGGUAGUGACAGUAAAUCAUUGUAGGGUCACUUUAGGCCACAAUCAUAUAGGAUUUUUUUUCUCUACUUAACUCUAAAGCUUAGAUGUGACUAUUGAUAGUAACAAGAUCAACAGGGUGCAUUCUGGUUGCUAUGCAACAUAAAGUUUAACAGCUUCGAAGCUUUGUAAAAAAUGUUAGCUCGCUAAAUUGGAAGGAACAAAGUGGAAAUAUUGAUAGGAACAAAAACAGACAAUACCAAGCUCUGCUUGCUCUUGAAAAGAGGAUAAAGAGCCCAUUCUAAAAUGUAAAUGUAAGACGGGGUGUGAUAUUGAGAGCAGAGCACCCAUGGUUGUAUCUCUCUUCGUACGGACCUGGUUCUGACCAGCAGGCAAAAUUCUGGCAAUUCAACCUGGAGUUCAGGGCAGCACCUCCAAAUUUUGAGGAGACACCCUGCCACCAGCAGAGCUACAUAAGUGGAAAUAACUGACCAAAGGUGCAGAGAUGUACAAAAGAGAAUCCUAUGUGAUCAAAGCUUGGAAAACCUUUUCUUUUGCUCACCAUCAUUCCUCAUAAAAAGGUUCUUAUCAGUUUCUUCAUUUCAAAUGUCAGCGUCUCCUGUUAUACAGACCUGAACAGUUACCAGACGGGUGCACGUGGGACAUACUGUAGUUAUACUAAUCAGGACUGACUGACUGACACAGCAAUGUCCCAACUGCCCCUUAGGCAGACCAGCAGUUGAUACAGACUCCAACAAUAGGAAGCUGACAGACCAGAGGAUGUUGUCUGCAUACCUACCCAGUAUUCAGGCGGAUGAUGGUCUCCAUUCAGAGAGAAGCCAGUUGAUUUUCCCUCCUGGUUCCAUAUUGUCUCACUACCUGCCAAUAACCCCUCCAUGCUGACCCUCAAUGCAUAUGAUUAUUCAGUAUGCACAGACUGAACCCUCCUCUUUGCAUCACGUGUUCUUUGAGCGAAUGAAUAGAACUGAAAUCUGAAGGUGGAAGCAUAUUUUGUGCAUCCACCACCACAGAUUCUGUACCUAGAAACCUACAAGUCUGGGCUCCUGUUCUUUUUACAUUUGGGUGUUUAGGUUGUUUUCCAAUUGUUGUGUCACCCCCACACCCAUACCCACCCCUCAAUGCCAUCCCCUAUCCCUACCCCUCCUUUAUUUUUUUGUUUGUUUAUUUGUUUUUGUUUUUUUGCGGCGUCUCCUAAUUAAAUGGUGGCAUACCUGAGAGGUGUUAGCCCCUGGAGACGAUAAUAAUCAACAUAAAACAGAAACUAUUGAAAUAUCUGUAUGGAUUGUGUAUAGAUACCUAGCUUCAGAGAAAAAAAAAGGAUGUGGAUUUUAUCUUUUAUGAGAGAGACAUGGAUCAAUCAUUGUGUGCAUCCUCUGCACACAAGUUGCCUCACUCCAGAGGAGCACUUUGCAUAUUUCCAAUUGGAAAAUUUUUUUUAAAACAAAGAGGAAAAGAAUGUUAGAAUUCCGAGUGACCAAGGUCUGGAUGCUGACUGAUGGCCAGCCAGAGCGUCAGAUGAGAUGUCCUGAAUAUUGUGGAUUGCAUCAAGGAGUGUUUUUAAUUGCUGAUGUAUGGUUUAAGCUUAAUUUAUUUUGCCAGUCUUGAUCUUUGUAAUGUUGGACUUUGAAGCGUCACCUUCUAAAUUGUGCCCAAUGUGAUGAGGUUAAACCCAGCCUCGUCUGGCCAGUAUUGAAAUCCUGGCAAUGACUUAAAUUUCAGUCAUCAAUUUUAAAGUUAUUCUCCUUUUUAAUGUAGUGUUACCAAAGCAGUCCCACCUCACAUUUCUAAGCUCUGAUGCUUGUACCCAGUCUUUUACUACCAUAGUGUCACAGAGACCCAAGCUGGGUCCCAUGUCAGGCCUCAGACACUAGCCACUGAACGCAGCCAUGAAAACCUUCCUCUGAGGUAAUGAGGGUUUCACCACUCUGCUUCCUUGAAGGGAAAGCAUAGCAGCAGCAUUUCACCCUGGGUCAUGAGGCAAAGCAGUUUCUCAGGUCUUUGGUUUACAAGCCUGCAGAAUGUGAGUUAGGAAUGGCUUGGUGAGUUCUUCUCUGCACAUUUCUCAAUAGAUGCAUCUGUUGCUCAACUGCACUCCUCUGUGGCCUCAGUCCAUUGUCUUAAUGCAAGGAAAAAAAUCCACAUUUUUACCUCUUUUUCAGCGUGCUGCAUUUUCACAUUUUCAGUUACAUAUAUAGAUUCUCAUGAUGUUUGCACUAGGUAAAAACAGGGCACUGGUUCAGUUCAGUGACUGCAUUUUUCUUCUUUGCUAGACAUUCUUCAUACUGCAUGACAGAAUCAUUGAGCAACACAAAGAAUGCUGAGUUCACAAUUGGAACUUUUGUUGCUUAAGUUUAUGUAGCACAGAGAUUCACCUGAUACGACACUGCCAGACACUGCAGCAGCACAAACCAGCACCUUUUCUUCAGUUUAGGGUCUGACUGGGGUUUACAUUAGUCCAUGUGGGCUUUUAUCAGAUACUAGAUAGGUUUAAGACUAGCAAGGAACCAGCCUUCACCAACAGCUAUCUACUGAUGUGCCGACAUUUGGCAGGAUUAAUGGAAAGAAGACAGAGACCACCAUCUAAAGAAUUUGAAUCCAUGGGUUUUAUUAAGUGUAUUAUUAGGUAUUUCAAACAGUGUUCAGUCAAUGUGCAAUAUUAUUCAUGGAACAUGGGUACUUCCUACAGAAGGAUUCAGAGGCCAUGAAGUCAGUUUGGGUUUGAAUGGGAGAGCUGGACAGUUCACACAGAGAGCUCUGAGCUGACCAAUAUUUCUCAGUUCCAUUAGUCUGGUAACAAAGAAGGGAAAACCUCAGUUUAAACAGAAGUCUCACAUUGUCAACUGUCACCACUUAACCUUUAAAAUCUUAAGACUGAUUUGGUUGCCAAGGAGACUGUUGUAAUAACUUCUGGACAGGUGUGGAAGUAUUGAUAGGGAACAUCCAAACUGAAGUGCAGUGACCGAAUGUGGCACAGGUUCAUCAUUGACAUGAGACCAACACUGUUGCAGUGACCCAGCAUGUCUUCUGGCAGUCAUCCUGGAUAUAUUCAGUUUAUGGGCAACAACAUAUGAGUUUAUAACAAAAUGCUGAUCUCUGUUUCUGUGCGCUUAAUGUAUGUGAAUGGAACAGUCACUGAUUGAACUUGUCAUAUCUGUUUAUCAGUUAUUUAUCAUCUGUCUGCUUGAAUUACACUUUUUUUUCAUUCUUUAGCUUUGAAUCUUGUGCAUUUUCAUUUUGUGUAGACAUCCUUGUUUUAAAAUCUCACUUUGUCCAGUGCUUUGGUUUGUGACUAAACACCUGCAAAGCAAGUGAUGAUCUCACUAAAUUCAGCUGGACUUGUGUUUUUGUAUUAGUUACCAGAUUUUGGCAUGCUAAUGCACAUAACUGCUCCUCUUUCUGUCAGUAUUGUCAUGGUUGGCAUGGUACUACCUUGACACUGGCAUAUAGCUCAAAGCACUGUCAAAGUCCAGGUAAAGACACACAGCCAUAGUGUGACUGUAGACUUUUGCCUGCAAGUGAUUCAAAAUGUACAAUGAUGCAAAAAAUUGAAGAUAAGCAAAUGUAACGGUUAAAAACCCAUUUCUAAAAUUACACUGCUUAAAAAAAAAAACUCCUAAAAAGUUUUAAGUUCUCCCUAAAAAUUAAAUGGGAAACUAAAGCACUUAAUAGGGAAGAGUGUGUCUGUCUGGACCUCACCAGCCAUCUCCUUGAAUCUGAACAUAACUGAUGGCUUUACACUAAGCAGCAAGCAGUAGUAUGUUUUAACCGCUUGGCUGAAUGAACCCACACAGCUAGUUAGCUAAACUAGCUACCAAAGAUCCACUCUUAGGCUCACCUCUGUUCCGCUUAGUUUCAUUACUUACUAUCAUCUCUUAAAAAAAAACUAAUUUGCCGCAUCACGCUGCCCAAAAACAUCUCAUUUAAAAAAUAAAAGAAAGCCUUAAAGCUUCUAGUUAAAGGCUUUCUCUGCACAUAGGACACAGUCUAAACAUCAGGCUUUUUCCAUCUUUCAGCUCCAGCACUGGUGCACAAACAUCGCAUGGCCUUACCAGACACACAAUCACACGUGGAGUUUUGUUUCAUCUCUUAGCUCUAUAAUCUGACAUCUUUUACAUUCAGUCAUAGCAGAGGCCAGGAUACAUCAGGAUCUAAUCACAGUCAUACUUUUCUAAACCUCUACCAGCUGAGGUGAAUUUCUACGCUACAGUCUCAUCACUUGGUAAAAGCUUGGCUUGUGAAAAUCCCAAAUAUUUUUCUGUCAUGUCAAGUUUGUUAUUUCCCAGACUUUUCAUGCUAUGUAUGCAGUCUCUCACAAGGCAGUUUGCUGAAGUAACAAUUAUGUACGUGUGGAUUCUUCUCUUGUAUGUAGGACUCGAUCUCUCUUAUCAUUAAUUAAGUAACAAAAUAUGGCAGCAAGUAAUGAUGAAAACACAUUAUACUAUAAUGUAAGCUGCUGUAGUUAGAUAUAUUUUACCAUUACACCCAAAUAGAAUUUUCAGAGUUCAGGAAAUCAUAAAGAAACUAAUAAUAUUUUAUCAGCAACACAGAUUUUGGGCAGAUGAAUAAUAAUAAUAAUAAUAAUAAUAAUAAUAAUAAUAAUAAUAAUAAUAAUUGUUAUUUUUACUGUGUUGGGGGAUUUUAUGCUUCAAAACCUGAAGUAUGAAAUCCAUGCAAAUCUCUGAUUAAAGGUUGGCAAAUGUGGAAAACAUACUAAAACGUGAUACAGGAGCUUUAUUUUGUCGUGUUCUAAACAAAAUAUUUGUCAUCUACAGAUUACUAGCAAAAUGUGAAAACUCUGUAUUUUAACAACCAUGUGAUCGUCCUUUUUUUGGGAAACACUCUAUUUUUCUUGCUAAUUCAGUAGCAGAAAACUUGAUAGUUUGAUUUUUUUUCCCCCAGUACAAAUGAAAAAAUCAGUACGGCAAAUGUAUUGUUUAGUCCAGGCUACCACAGCUAGCUUCAGUUUCACUUCUUGUGUGGGCUCCUCAUCUUAAGAGAAGGCCACUUAGAACAGUGAAGUUACUUCAGUAAUAUAUAAAAAGCUUACUUCUACUAUAAUGUUAUUAAACUGAUCUAAUACACAAGAGAAUAAUAUCUGUUGGAGCCUUUAUUAACUAACAGUUGGCUCUGAUAGAUUCCAGAAUGGAGCUCCACAUGGUUGAGAUUGUGAUGCGAUUGCACAGCUCUUGUAAUUGUAUUUAUGUGUAAUCUGUGUCACUGUUAGACUUGUUCUGCAUCAUUACAGUUUCACUGUCUACAGGCCACAGUGGUUGCUUUUGUAUUUUUUUUUUCAGCCACGGUCAGAUGGACGUGUUAUGGUUGUGUUUGAGUAAUCCAGACCUGCCUGUCACUAUGUCAGAAUGAACCGAAAAUAAACAGCCAGCUGAAGUAGAAGACAUAAACUAAGACUAUGAAACUACCUAGAAUUAGUUUCAGAGGUGUAAACUGAAGUUUACAUGUACAAACUACAGAUUUUUGUUUAAAUAUAUUAAAAAGUCUCAUUUUUCUCAUUAGUGGAACAAUUGAAAUUGGACGUAGUGAUAUAGUUUCACAAUUUUUUUAAUGCCUGGGCAAAUUUUGACUGCCGCUCAUGAUCUGAUUUAGCAAUUUUUGUCAUGUAUCUCUACUUUUGCUGCCAUGGUGAAGUUUAAAUUUAAAAAAUGAAAAACAACUCCUGUCUCUCUUACUCUUUUGCAGAUGCAUCCACACACCUUUGUAUUUGGACUACAGAUUCUUUUCAAAUAUUAAUUCUUAGAUUUCAAAAGUCAUUGUUAUUCUGAUGUCCCAUUUGAGUUCUGUUUUGUUUCUAUUGCAGUUUAAAAAACUAAAUAAAUGUAUUGACUAUGAAAUAAAUGACACGAUAUUUGCUAGGUUUGAAGUAAUAAUGACUUAUUGUAAAUAAGCAUUUUUUCCUCCCUUGUACUGAAAAAAGAAAUUAAAUGGUUGUACAUUGUGUAGAAAAGCAAACAAAAAGCCAUGAAUAUUGUGAAGCUUGUCAUUUCGUUUUGUGAUCACUGUGUAUUAUUGUGUAACAAAUGUGCAAAAUGUUUGGGAUUCUUCCCCCCCCCCCUCUGCUUCUUAAAGCAGUCUCGCUGGAUGCAUUGGCUUUAAUUUUGGACUAGUUAACGUUUGCAGAGGAGUGAUGACUGGUUCAGAGUGAUCGAAUCUGCAGGUCUGAAACACAUUUGUCUACUGUUGAAUUUUUGCAGCUUGAAAUAACUUUGUUCCUUACAGAAUUGUUUCCUGAACAAGUUCUAGAUUAAAGCACUUUGAAUGUUUGGAUUAGAUGAACCCUCCUUAACUGAUUGAUUCAGAGUCAAACUGACGCCUUGGAGUGUUUGGAUGUUCGCUGCAAGUCAUUACCGCCGACCACUUUCUUAUGUCCACAUAUUCAAGCAGCCAAUGACUUUCUACGGCCACUGAAAGUUGCUCUGCUGCGCUGUACAUGCUAAAUUGAUUGUGAUGUAAGAUACAAUAACAAGUCAUUUCCAAAUCAAUGAUUUCUAGAGUUCCAGUGUUAAUAAAUAAUCAACAAACACACGGGACAGAUUCUUCAACAGAAAAAUCUAACAAGGACACUGAUUCUGGAAAGUCAUCUGGUGGUACUGUAAGCAGCACAAAGGAUGGAAAUUGAUUCCUAAAACAUACAAAAAAAAUCAUUGACUUGAUGAAUGGACAGUGACAAAUGGUCAGUAAUCAUGAUUGGUAAUUAGUGGCUUAAACACAGAAAAUCAUUGACAGAAUCCAAACUAAAGUUUCAAGAGGAUUCUAGCUUUUUAGCAUUGUUUACAUGCUAUUUCUAUUUUGUUUUCUUUCCUCACUAAGAAAUAUGUAAUUCUAGGGGUAACACUAUUGUGUUUUUGGCAUAAAAUAGUCUACUGAAUAUAACCGCGUAUGUCAGACUUUGCCAAUAAGCUCUCACAGUAGGUGUUUCCUGGUCCGACCUGCUUCACCUGUGAAGGGUUCGCUCUGAAUCAGUGAUCACUUUUUCUGCCAACACCAGCAUACAACAUGUAUGGUCCUGUACUGUUUGGCUUUAUAUUCUAUUAGUUGUUGUUGCUAAUGCAGGGAAAGAUUUAAGUGCAAAAUCAGUUAUAUCAAUUUUCAUGUAGAAGCAUUUUGCAUAGUGUUGACAACAUUGAAAUAAACAUCCUGGGAAUCAAAAACAAAUGAUGAUGCUGACCAGAGACUAUUUGAGUCAUUUUAGUUUUGCUUACAUCAAUCCUGACCUUUUGCACAUACUUGAUAUUUAAUGGUCUUCAAAAAAGUAGAAGAAAAUAAUGCUGUUUGAAUACUGCCAGUUGAUUGACAAUUAUGCAUUGAUUGAAAAAAUAAGCUAAUUUUGGAGGAAAUAACUUUGUAAUAUUUAUCUCUUGCAAGCUAUGUUUAAUAAAGGUUGAAACAAUUUGC